AUGUGUCCCUGUUACGGCUUCCCAUUGCUGCUGUCUCCAUCGCCACACUCUGCCAACAGUGCCACUUUCAGGUCUCCUCACACUGCUGGUUGGUUCCAUAUUUUCAUAGGGUGCUGUAUGGCCUACCCAUUGCUUGCUCGCCUCCACCGCCACACCCUGUGGCUUCCACACUCUGGUUAUGGCCCCGUGACUGCCCGCAAAUGAGUGGAAGUGAUGCGGUGAUUCUAAGAUCGAACGGCACGUCAUACUGCAUUGUCAUACUGACUGACAGUAUUAUUUCUCUUCCCCCACUGGACCACCAAGGGCAUUUAAAAUUAAAGGUUACAGUGUACUGCACCAUAAUUAUA